AUGUCCAACGGUAUUUCUACACUUUCACUUCACGCGGAUGACGCGUUGAACGUUGUCACCGACGUUGCUCCACCCAUGCACUUGGCCACCACCUUUCGAUAUCCCGAUGAUCCAGCUGCCUUAAUCCCCGCGGCUGAUGCACCUUCCGGCACCCUGGCCGCCUCCAACCCAUCAUCCCACAUAUAUUCCCGCGCCUCCGCACCCAACCCAUCACGCUUCGAAGCCAUCCUCUCUUCCAUCCUCCACGGCGACGCAGUAAGCUACUCCUCAGGCCUAUCCGCCCUUCACGCAGCUCUCACUCUCCUCAACCCGCGACGUAUCUCCAUCGGCGAAGGCUACCAUGGCUGCCACGGCGUCAUUGCCCUCUUCACCCGCUGCACCGGUCUACAAAAACUCCCUCUAGACUGCGCCGCCUCGGACCUCUCAAAAGGCGAUGUAAUUCUUCUCGAAACACCCAUCAACCCCAAAGGAACUGCAUUCAAUAUAUCCGCAUACGCUGAGAAAGCCCACGCGCGCGGCGCCUUCCUCAUCGUCGACUCAACCUUCGCCCCACCAACUCUCCAAGACCCAUUCCUCCACGGCGCCGAUCUCGUCAUGCACUCUGGCUCCAAAUACUUCGGCGGACACAGUGAUAUUCUCUGUGGUGUCUUGGCCACCCAGUCCAAGGAAUGGUACAAACAACUCCUCUCCGACCGCGUCUUCCUCGGGUCAGUAAUGGGAAACAUGGAAUCCUGGCUCGGCGUUCGCAGUCUCCGAACUCUCGAAGUGCGCGUCACCCGACAGAGCGAUAAUACCGCACGGCUAGUCUCUUGGCUUCACAAUGCACUGCACACUCCCUCUCCAGCACCAGCAUCCGACGAAGCAGCCGUCCAGGCUGUUUUGGACGAAGUAUUUCACGCGAGUUUGCAGCCGCAGGAAGAGUGGUUGAAGACGCAGAUGCCUAAUGGAUUUGGGCCUGUGUUUUCCAUCACGAUGAAGGAAGAGAUGGUGGCUAGGACUUUGCCGAGUAAAUUGCAUUUGUUCCAGCAUGCUACUAGCCUGGGUGGGGUGGAGAGCUUGAUUGAGUGGAGGACAUUAUCUGAUAUGACUGUUGAUCGGAGGUUGUUGAGGGUUAGUAUUGGGUUAGAGAAUUGGGAGGAUCUGAAGGGUGAUUUCGUUCAGGCUUUCAAAGAGUUGGCUGGGCUGUGA